UUACCUACAAUCUUCAUGGGCGUCGUGGCACUGCGGUCCCUGUGUGGGGUUGCCUUGGGAGAGGGUAUAAAAGAAGCCAAAGCCGUGAGAAGCCCCUAGUCUGGUACAGGCUCAGGUUGCUAUAUCUCGGUGGCUGCAGGUAUCCGCCGUCGCGCAGGAUAGCAGUCCACCAUGUGUGACGAAGAGACAUGUCCUUUGGUCGUUGACAAUGGCUCCGGCAUGGUCAAAGCUGGCUUUGCCGGAGACGACGCCCCCAGGUCUGUCUUCCCUUCCAUUGUCGGCCGUCCUCGCCACCAAGGUGUAAUGGUUGGCAUGGGUCAGAAGGACGCCUAUGUUGGUGAUGAGGCUCAGAGCAAACGUGGUAUUCUCAGCUUGAAAUACCCCGUUGAGCACGGCAUCAUCACCAACUGGGACGACAUGGAAAAGAUCUGGCAUCACACAUUCUACAAUGAGCUCCGAGUGGCCCCCGAAGAAUCCCCUGUCCUUCUUACCGAGGCUCCCAUGAACCCAAAGGUCAACAGAGAGAAGAUGACCCAGAUUAUGUUUGAGACCUUUGGCGUCCCUACCACAUACGUUGCUAUCCAGGCUGUCCUGUCACUGUAUGCUUCUGGUCGUACCACUGGUAUUGUACUUGAUUCCGGAGAUGGCGUCACUCACUGUGUACCGAUCUUUGAAGGUUAUGCUCUCCCCCAUGCCAUCUUGCGACUGGACAUUGCAGGACGCGACCUUACAAAUUAUCUCAUGAAGAUUCUUACUGAACGUGGCUACUCAUUCACCACCAGCGCUGAGCGUGAAAUCGUCCGCGACGUCAAAGAAAAACUUUGCUACGUUGCCUUGGACUUCGACAACGAAAUGUCUUCAUGUGCUGUCUCUUCGUCCUUAGAUAAGUCCUAUGAACUUCCUGACGGUCAGAUUAUUACCAUCGGCAAUGAGCGCUUCCGUGCUCCUGAGUCUCUGUUUGUUCCCUCUAUGAUUGGUAUGGAGGCUUGUGGCAUUCAUGAAUUCGUUUAUCAGGCCAUUAUGCUUUGCGAUAUUGACAUCAGAAAGGAUCUCUACUCCAACGAGGUCUUGUCUGGUGGUACCACCAUGUAUCCAGGCAUUGCUGACCGUAUGCAGAAGGAACUGGGAAACCUUGCUCCUUCUUCCAUCAAGAUCAAGAUCAUCGCUCCCCCUGAGAGGAAGUACUCCGUCUGGAUUGGCGGUUCCAUCUUGGCUUCUCUUUCCACCUUCCAGUCUAUGUGGAUCACCAAGGAAGAAUACGAUGAGUCUGGCCCCGGCAUUGUCCACCGCAAGUGCUUCUAAUUUCCAGACUUUUUUUUAUUUAUUUGUAUAUCCUACGGGUUUCGCUGAGUCAAUCAUCCGCUUGGCGCAGCGCAACUCAAGGACCCUCACACAUCAAGAUUAGUUGGUGUAUAUUGACGGUUAUUGUUUGAAAUGCACAGAGCCCAUACGUCAAUCUCAUGGAAUACUGGCGCGGCCUUCAUGUUGUUGCACUAUGCCAUCAGACUGACCUAUGAGGCUGAAUUUGGAAGAAACUGUAAUCUCGUAAGCAUUUGUUUGUUUUUUGAAUUACAGUUUUGUUUGAGUACAGCGACUGGAGAUAAAUACCUUUAUAUAUAAAAGAAUCUGGAAUACAUGAGUAACUUUAUAAAUAACACUAAACAAUAAAACGGGGAUUGGGAAAAGAGGCCAUUGAUUUUGAGAGUCCUUAGAUGUUUUUAUUUUCUGUGAUCCAUUUAUUAUUUAUGUAGUUCUUUAAGGUACAAUCAAAGGGUAGCGCUCCCUGCAUAUUUCCUGCGGCUCUAGAGUUGACACAAAUAAAACUUAUUUUCUUGACAA